CAACACACCACAAUUGCAAGAAACUAGCUAUCAUACUCCCUUACCAUGUCUAUGCGCAAAUACUCCCUUCCUCCUUCUCCUCUGGGAAGGAAGAGUUCCGUCCCUCCCCCAAAGGAAGAGAAACCCACCGAAUCUGAAAAUUCGAACCCGGCGAAAGCAUGUCCUAAUAGUACUGGAGCCAGCAGGAAGCGGAAAGCUAAGGAACCGAUAAGCAGGGAAGAUGACGAAAAGAUGGAAAUCUUAACGGCUGUUGCUGCUUGUAUUUCUAUUAACGAGAAAAACCCAGAGGGAGAAUCCUCGGAAGCAGCUGAUGACAAUGGAAUGCAGCUGCUCGCAGCAGUUGCCACCGGGGAAAACUAAAGCACCUGAGAUAUCUCUGAUAAACAAUCUCAUAAUUCCCGGCCCGCUUGACUUCUUCUGAUUGUGUAAUGUUAAUUUGAUGCAAUAGACUAUUUAUCAACUUAUAUAUAAAUGAAUAAAUAAUUGUAUGUAUCUUAUCAUUCGCGUCUAAAUAAAGUAAAUGAUUGGUUGGGAUGGGUUCA